AUGCCACCCAAGGGGAGAAGAGGACCGUCUGGUCCCUGGGGUAGACUCAAGCCCGUGGUCCAAGACCCCCUCGAGAGCAUAGGGCUGCCCUCGAAAGGCGACAACCGGCUACUAGAGUUCAGCACACAGGAGAAAUACUACACCAAAAUCAUGGAACGGUACAUGGGCUUCUGCUCAGAUGCGGGGAAGCCGGACGAGCUGCUACGAAGGUUCUCCGCCCUCGAGAUAGGCGAGAGUGCUGGUCCGUCUGCCUCGCCUACCUCAUCAGCUUCCGCUUCUUCAUCGGGGGCGCCACCAUCGCCUUCACUGAGCUUGCUGCAGAGCCCGGCGAACACGAAGGGCCUUUCAGAUGUCAUGAUGGCGCUGAGGAAGCUGAGGGAGGGCAUCGUGGCGUCGAAACGUGUCGACGACUUCGCUGUGCAGGCUUACCUAUUCUGCGUCCGUCUCUCCGUCCUUGUGAAGCAUCCCGAGUCCUAUCACCCAGCCAUCCUGUAUCUGCUUCGUGCCCUACAUCCGCAGCAGCCUCUCACCUCCGUCGAGCUGCAGGAGGUAGUGGCGUAUCUGGUUCUGGACGCCGCCUGCCGGAGGGGGCAGAUGUCGGAGGCGUACUCGAUCCGGCGGGAGUACAGGCUGCAGGACGCCAAGGUUGAUGCGGUGCUGGAUGCGCUGGCGCAUGACAACUACGUGCGGUUCCGGAGGCUGAAGCAGAGCGUGGACGGGCACAGGGCGCGGAUCAUGGACUGGGCGGAGAGGGAGAUGCGGAUGCAGACCCUCAAGGCGCUGGGGCGGGCGUAUCUCUCGAUAGACCUCGGGUUCCUGGAGAGCGUCACGGGUUCGAGGUGGGAUGAUUUGAAGAAUAAUGACGGGGUGGGCUGGGAGCUGGACGGAAACAAGGUGGUCAUCAAGAAGGUCAGGGCCAGUACUCACACUGUCCUGGCAACGAAGCUGGCUUCCUUCUGUGUUUACCUGAUCCACGGCGACCCAGAGCGCAUGCAGUGCAGGUUAGGCUCUAAACCUCGCAACCAGCGCCUCGUCAGUAGGAACAGUGCGGAGUUUCUGGGCGGUGAAAAGUUGCUCCAGUUACCAGAGGUACACGGUCACUCCUUCUACACCUGCCCCGAAAUCAACAACGGACUCGAUAAUGAGUCGCGAUUCCUCCACUUCCCCUCAUCUUCAAGACACAAAACACAAGAACCGUUCCCCUUCAAGCAAAUCCCCUCCUUCACUCCUCCGAACCUACACAUCACAGAGGCUUUGUUUGUCUCGUCCGGCGCGCAAGACGAAUGCGGUCAAUUCACAGAAGCCAAUUCGACGACCCCUCUGGCUCUUGGACCUAAGAUGGCGCCCCCAAAGAAGCGGGCAAGGACGUUACAGAGUGACGGUAAACCGAUCCCGUCUGCAUUGCUAUGCGAUAGCCGUGCCGGUUGGUUAGUGAAGAGCGACGAGCAAACAGUUGAAAUCAUAGUCAAGGGAGAGGUUCUGAUAGCCCAUCGCAGAGUCCUCAUAGAACACUGUGAAUACUUUGCCCGAUGCCUCAAGGAACCCUGGGUCGAGGGCCACAACGGAACCAUCACAUUCGACGACAUCGAGCCACGAUACCUGGCCCUCUUCAUUGGCGUCGCAUACAGCCAUAGCUCCAUCGUGCCAUUAGCACCUCCAGUCAGCAGCCCGAACCCGCAGGCUAAGCGUGCCCGGACGCCGCUGCAGGACUUUGUCGAGGUCUACAAGCUCUGCGACCGCUUCGUGAGCCCCAAGAUGGCCGACUACAUUGUCAAGUGUAUUCACACGUCCAUUGGCGACGGCCACCGCGCGCUGUAUCGGUGCCCGAGCGACGAGGGGCAGCAGAAGGAUUUGAUGCGAGAGUUUGCGGAUGGGUUCGAGGCACUGGAGAUCAUGCACCCGGUCCAGAAGGAAAUUGGGAAGAAGAUGAUUCACUACUUUUGCGAGGGCGUCAGCUAUAACGUCUGGGACAAGGCCAUGGACGAUGUGGUCUCAGACAGGCCACGGUUCAUUAGCGACGUGUCGAGAGGGUUUGCGUCAAGGCUGGGAGUCAUGGAAGCAACGAAGCGUGCGAUGAGGCGGAAGGAGCUCUCGGGGCCAUAA